AAUGAAAAUCAGCUGUAAGCUCGUCUGCGCUGCGUGUAUAUAAAGGUUUGCCUCACACUCACGCACAAGUCCACAAACAGCCUCAGAUAGUGAUCCACGGAGUACUUUCAUUCCUGUAACAGAUGGCGUCCUCUAAGGUGGCCCUGCUGCUGGUCCUGCUCUCCUGCGUGGAGCUCUCUCUGUCUGCCUCCUGCAUUGUCGACAGCUUCACUGUCAAACAGGACUUUGAUCCGAAGAGGUACGCAGGGAAGUGGUACGCGCUGCAAAAGAAGGAUCCAGAGGGUCUUUUCCUGCAGGACAACAUCUCAGCGGAGUACACUAUCGAUGACGAUGGCAGCAUGACCGCCUCCUCCAAAGGACGCGUCACUCUGUUCGGCUUCUGGGUUGUGUGCGCUGACAUGGCUGCCCAGUACUCAGUCCCUGACCCGGAAACUCCCGGCAAGAUGUUCAUGAACUACCAGGGCCUGGCCAGCUACCUGUCCAGCGGAGGCGACAACUACUGGGUCAUUGACACCGACUACGACAACUACGCCAUCACCUACGCCUGCCGCACCCUGAAAGACGACGGCAGCUGCGAGGAUGGCUACGCCCUGGUCUUCUCCAGGAACCCCCGCGGCCUGCCCCCUGCCAUCCAACGCAUCGUCCGUCAGAAGCAGGAGGACAUCUGCAUGGCUGGUCAGUUCCAGCCCGUCCUGCAGUCCGGAGCCUGCUAAACUGUGUUUGACUGAGAAGAGAUGAAGAGAAAAACAGGUUGAAUGUGAUGUUGACUGACAGCCAUGUCCCAUGAACAUGUGCCUGUCGAUGAGUGUGACCAAUAUUAAAUAUUUUUCUAAACAUA